GAAAAAGUACUUAAAAACUAUUUUCAGACUCGCUUAAAAUACAAGAUUUGACGCAUUUUUUCAAGAAAUUUUGGGGAAAAGAUAAUUGCAUAAGCGUUGAGACUUGUUUAAAACUUAAUUUUGAGUGGUCUUCAUUCAUCCAGCUCCAAUACAAACAUUCCUCCCGACCCUAGUGAGUACCUCAGGAAACUUCGACCCGCUAACCUGGGAGAAAAGAAAUGGGACGAGCAGAGUUUACGGUUCUUUCCUCAUGUUUUGAAAUACGGUCAGGCUCUUAGGAGAUAUUCUUCCAUUAUUUUCCUGCUACUUUCUGUUAUUACCAGCUAGCAUUAUAGGAUAUUAAAGAUGGCUGGAUGGCCACCCAGUGGUAACCCUGUUGGGCUGAAUCUGAUCCCUGCAGUUGGAAAUCUCUUGGGGAACCCUCAACAAUUUGCUCAUCAAUUGCAAGGGUUGCAAAUGGUACAAGCACAAUUGCAACAGUGCAACAAUCAACAGCAGUAUGCACAUGGAAACACUGAGGAUAGAAGAUGCAUCUCUGAUAAUUAUCAUGAAAGGGACAAAUCAGGGUUUGAUAACUAUGAUAACAGGAGACUUGGAAAACGCUACCAUAAUCAGACUGUUGAUGAGAGAGAAUACUUCUGUGAGGAUCAUGGAAGGAUAAGAGUGCUGAUGGAUGAUAUAAUUCCUCCAGACUUUGUAUCACCAAAGAGGGAUUUUCUUAGACAGGAUGAAAGAAUCAGAAAAGGUGUGGUCAACAGAAGAGGUUAUGGUGUUUCAAAACUUAACUUGCAACCAGAGCCCUUCAGAUUUCAAACAGAGGGUCAUCAUCAAUUUCAGCACAGCAGAGGGUUGAUGAGACUGAAUGUAAAUGAAGCCAAAUAUGGGAAGAGGGAUGAAUUCACUGUUCCUCUGAAUGCAAUGUUACGUCCAAACUGCUACCUUGUACCUCCUGAAGACGACAUGGAUGUGUUACCGUUGAAUGAUAAGGAACCUGGAUGUCAUUCAAUAUUUAUUCGCAGUCUUCCAGGAAUGGCUGAUGAGUUUAUCAUAAGAGAGAUUUUUAGUGUGUUUGGACCCAUAGAGAACAUAAGUCUUAAAAGUAUGAAGAAAAACGCCAAUGUGAGGCAUUGCCAUCUAACAUUCUCACAACAUUGUUUUGUUGAUAUGGCUGUCAAACUAAAUGGUUACUUGUUGGUUAUCGGAGAUGGAAAUGAUACCAAGACAAAGGUCAGUCGUAUCCGCGUUAAUUAUUUCAAAGAAACAAGAGAUGAGGUAGAUAUUCAAAACACUGGUAAUGUCGCUGAAAACCAACAAAAGCCUGAUCAAUAUGUCGGUGAAUAUGACCCAGGCCAGAUAUAUAGCCGUUUAAAAGCUUCCCAGUUGCUGGAUCUGAUUCGUCAUGACAAAUCUGUGGUGAAUUCUUUGGAGAUGAUAGCUUAUUGGUUAGUUAAAGGUGAAUGUAACCGUUCCACAGUCAAUGUUUUUCACACAAUGCUUAGCACUGUCAAUGGCCUUGUCAAACGGCUGAUCAGCAAACGAAAGGAGCAUGAGCAACAAGUGGAGAAUCAAAAGAGAGAGGCAGCAGAAAGAGCCAGUGAAAUCAAGCAGCAAUGUGAUGCUGUUUGGAAAGUCUUUGAUGCAGCAACUAAACAAAAGGCUUGGGACCAGUUUACAAAGGGACAGAGAAAAACUAUUUCUCAGUGGUUUGCUGUUAUCAGAAAUGAAAUUAAAUCAGCCCAAGAGGCUGAAAUACAAAAUCGUGAGGAGGUAGGUAUGGAUUUGGAUGAUGAAGCAUCAAACCUUGGUGGGUUUAUUGAACAGCCAGCGCUCCAAGUGUCUCAAGAACAGAGGCAAGAAGCAGAUGAAAGUUUUACACCAGUAGCUGCCAAAAAACUUUGCAGUGAGGCUUCAGGUGUUGAAUCGAACGCAGAUUCCAUCGACGCUCUAAAGCUAGAAAAUGACAAGCUACGUACUCAGGUUGAAAGCUUGAAAGGGAUUGCUGAGCAGAACACCAACCUUAUGUGGUCCAUGCAGAGCUAUCAGUAUCAAGUGGACAUGGCCAGACAACAGUAUAAUGAAAGGUUGAAACAGAAAGACUAUGAGAUCCUGUGCUUACAGAAAGCUUUGGAACACGAAAAGCACAAGGUCAAACAGGAAGAUUUAAUUAGUGGUGAAUUGGUAGCUACCGGUGACCCAUUGAAGGACCUUGAAGUUGUUGUGGACUUGGGUAGUGGUACUCGCCACACAGCAACAGAUAGACUGGAAACAAACUACGAUGAUAUACUCGGAGAAGGAAAAAAAGAUCGGAUGGAGGAUGAUAGUACAUCAAAAGUUGAACAGGUUCUAGGAGGUAUUCGAGAUAAACUGAACAACACAGGGACGGAGGUGUCAACAUUUUCAAAUGAAGGAGUCAAAGAACUUGAUGCUACAGAAGAAAAAGGAAAGAAGAACGUAAAAGAGGACGAAAUUGUGUGGAACGGAGAAGCGAAGUUUUCAGAAUGGGAAAACCCAGUGGAAAAAGAGGAAAGGCCAAGGGAAGGAGAGAAGCUAGCUGUAGCGAAAGAAGAACAUGUGGAUGGAGAAGUAUCGAUAAACAAAGAAGAUUUGCUGAGAGAAAGUGGGAAGAUGAUCGUGAGAGGAGAGACACCAGAUGAAGGAGAUGAGCCAGGAAACGCUGUAGUAGAGGUAGCGAAAAAAAGAAGAGGGCAACAAACGAUAAUAGAAAUGAAUGAAACACAGGAAGAGGACCAAGAGGAGGAAGGAUCUGGCCGGUUUGUGCAGAUCGAUAAUGAACAGUUUGAAGUGAUUGACGAUAUGGAUGAAGAUAGCAAUGAUGAUUAUAAACAAACAGAUGUGAAAGGUUGUUUAAGUGAAAAUGAUGAGCAAGUGCACGAGGAGUUUGAGGAAGAAGAUGAUCACGGAGAAGUUCCUGCUGAUAGCACUUUGAAUGAAAACACUGAGCAAGAAAAGGAAGUUAACGAGCAGGUACCAACUGAUCUGACAGCUUAUCAGCAGCGUUACAUGUCUUAUUACCAAGCCUGGGCCUCAUCUGGACUUGCGAGUCACAGCCUCAUGUAUUUUGGACCCUCUGUAGUGCGCCUCUCUGGGGAGGAGCUUGUGCUCGUUGGGAUCAUUUCUUCGUAUCUUCAACUGUGCCCCUCUGGUGCCACGAGUGGAGAGAUAAGGGACUACUUGUCGCGACAGUUUAACGAGAAAAGAAAAGACGUAGUGGAGAGGUUACUUUCCAGUUUGCCCGUCUUGUUCAAAGCUUGAGAAUCAGGCGGUAACUCAAAAUGGAAGUUUUGUGGGUUUGACUUGGCUUGGUCCAAGACUGAGAACUAAAGUUGCUCAAACGUAAGUGACGGGCCUCGGGGAAUCAUUCAUAUGCAAUGCUCCUUGUACUAAAGAUAUUCCUGUUUAAGGUGGCUGAGCACAGUUUUCACGCGCACUUUUUCUGAUGCAAUUCAGCACGCGCACAAGGAUUGUAAAAAACAAACAUGCCGUCAAUAGAGCGGUCAUUUUAUUUAC